CGCGGUCCCCGGGAGCUCCCUCGUUACGGCGGAGCCGCAUCGGAGCUCUUGAGAGCGGCUGCUCCCGGAACAGAGGCCCUAGGGCCAGGUCUACCUGUACCUGCACCGCCAUGAAGGCACGUCUCCAUAGCAACAGGCGCCCUUUGCCCCACGUGACACAGAGGGGCACAUCACGUGGCUAGUGAGAGCUCUUAAAGGGCCCGCGGGGGACGAUGCUGGCGGCGGCGCUGCCGAGAGCUCUAAGCCGGUUGUCCGCCCGGCGCUGCCCCGCAGGGCUCCGGUCACCCCGGGCCGCCUGGCGCGGCGGGGCCCGCGGGGAAGAGGGCAGCGGCAGGACGGGGUUUGAGCGGCGCCGAUGGGCCCGGCCGGUCGGAGGUGCUCUGGGCUUCCUGGGAGCCUUCUCCCUCUUCCCCAAGGACGCUGAGGAGGACGGCGAGGACGCCAUUAUCCUCCUGCUGAAGAGAGCCAAGCUCAGCGUCAUGAAGGGUGAGCUAGGGGAGGCCGACAAGCUUCUGCACGAAGCCCUGCGGCUGUCGCACCAGUCGGAUAACAGGAAAGCCAUUACCUACACCUACAGCAUGAUGGCAAAUGUGGCCUUCAUGCAGGGACAGCUGGAUAAUGCAGAAAAGCUCUACAAAGCAAGUAUGAGCUAUUUGCUCUCAGGGGACACGAAGGAGGAUGACAAUGCAAUCCUUGAGAUGUCCCUCAAGCUGGCCAGUAUCUAUGCUGCUCAGAAACAGCACAAAUUGGCCCUGGCUGGCUAUGAGUUCUGCAUCCUGACCUUAGAGGAGAAGAUUGCCAAGCAGAAGGACUUGCCUGAGGAUGUCUUACCAGCUGAAGAAAAGGCCAAUACCCGUCUCCUGCUUGGGAUGAGCCUAGACUCCUAUGCUCGCUAUCUCCUAAACAUUAACCAGCUCCCAGCGGCCCAAAAAAUGUAUGAGAAGGCUCUGGAGAUAUCAAAAGAUGUUCAGGGAGAGACUCAUGCACAGACUGUGGUCCUGAUGAGUGACUUGGCGACUGUACUGGAUGCCCAGGGUCACCACGAUGAAGCAUACUCCUAUGUGAAGAGGGCAGCAGAGCUGGCAAAGGAAACUCAACACCCUGAGGAGCACAUGGUGUUGAGCAACCUGGCAGCAAUUCUGAUGCACAAAAAGGACUUUCUGCAAGCAAAACAAGUGUACAAAGAAGCUCUCAAGCAGGCACAACAGAAGGGAGAUGUUGCUUCCGUUCAGCAUAUCCAGGAAGAACUAGCUGAGCUGGCUAAGAGGAGAAAGGGCUCCAAGUAAGCUUGGCCACAGAGUCCAACUGUGAGGUGGCCAACAGCAGCAAGGGCUGGUCAGUACAAGCAGCCUUGGUGCAAUGCUCCAGGGGAACAGCAAGGAAUUUAAGGACUACAUAACAAGAAGGGCUGCUAUUACCUAACAACUUGGCCUAAAAUAAAGUUGUGAAAUCUUAACUGU